GCUCCGGCGCGGGGACCAGCUGCGAGGCGGGGGCGGCGAGAGCGCGGAGACCACAGGCCCCGGGGACGGGCGGAGGGGGCUCUGGCCUGGGCAGGCGGAGCUGAGCGUGGGAGUGUUUGCGGGUGCGAUCGAGGGCUGCGCCCGUGCUCGGCGCGGAGCCCGUCAGCCUCAGCCCAGGUCGCCGCAGCCCGGGAACCUCCCCACCCGCGCGCCCCGAGGCACGCGCGGCACAGCCAUGAACACCAACGAUGCCAAGGAGUAUCUGGCCCGCAGGGAAAUCCCUCAGCUUUUCGAGAGCCUUUUGAAUGGACUGAUGUGUUCCAAGCCUGAAGACCCGGUAGAGUACUUGGAAAGUUGCUUACAGAAAGUCAAGGAAUUAGGCGGCUGUGACAAGGUGAAGUGGGAUACAUUUGUCAGCCCGGAAAAGAAGACCUUACCUCCGCUCAAUGGAGGACAAUCACGGAGAUCCUUUCUAAGAAAUGUGAUGCCUGAAAAUUCAAACUUUCCAUAUCGACGGUAUGAUCGACUCCCUCCAAUCCAUCAAUUCUCCAUAGAAAGUGAUACAGACCUCUCCGAGACUGCAGAGUUAAUUGAGGAGUAUGAUGUUUUCGAUCCUACUAGACCUCGCCCAAAAAUCAUUCUUGUCAUAGGUGGUCCAGGAAGUGGAAAGGGUACUCAAAGUUUGAAAAUCGCAGAACGUUAUGGAUUCCAAUACAUUUCAGUGGGAGAAUUACUAAGAAAGAAGAUCCACAGCACCAGCAGCAAUAGGAAAUGGAGUCUUAUUGCCAAAAUAAUUACAACUGGAGAAUUGGCCCCACAGGAAACAACAAUUACAGAGAUAAAACAGAAAUUGAUGCAAAUACCUGAUGAAGAGGGCAUUGUUAUUGAUGGAUUUCCAAGAGAUGUUGCCCAGGCUCUCUCUUUUGAGGACCAAAUCUGUACUCCCGACUUGGUGGUAUUCCUGGCUUGUGCCAAUCAGAGGCUCAAAGAGAGAUUACUGAAGCGUGCAGAGCAACAAGGGCGGCCUGAUGACAAUCUGAAAGCUACCCAAAGGAGACUAAUAAACUUCAAGCAGAACGCCGCUCCGUUGGUUAAAUACUUCCAGGAAAAAGGGCUCAUCAUGACAUUUGAUGCUGAUCGAGACGAAGAUGAGGUGUUCUAUGACAUCAGUGUGGCAGUUGACAGCAAGUUAUUCCCAAACAAAGAAGCUGCAGCAGGUUCGAGUGACCUUGAUCCUUCAAUGAUGUUGGACACGGGAGAGACCAUUGAUACGGGCUCUGAUUAUGAAGAUCAGGGUGAUGACCAGCUAAACGUAUUUGGAGAAGAUACCAUGGGAGGUUUCAUGGAAGAUUUGAGAAAGUGUAAAAUUAUUUUCAUGAUUGGUGGUCCAGGCUCCGGCAAAGGCACACAAUGUGAAAAGCUGGUGGAAAAAUAUGGAUUUACACAUCUGUCGACUGGUGAGCUCCUGCGUAAUGAGCUGUCAUCAGAAUCUGAAAGAAGCAAACUGAUCAGAGAGAUCAUGGAACGUGGAGACCUGGUGCCCUCAGGCAUCAUUCUGGAGCUCCUGAAGGAGGCUAUGUUGGCCAGCCUCGCUGACACCAAGGGCUUCCUGAUUGAUGGCUAUCCCCAGGAAGUGAAGCAAGGGGAAGAGUUCGGACGUAGGAUUGGAGACCCGCACCUGGUGAUCUGUAUGGACUGCUCAGCAGACACCAUGACCAACCGCCUGCUCCAGAGGAACCAGAGCAGCCCUCGGGCAGAAGACAGCACCGCCACCAUCGCCAAGCGCCUUGAAACCUACUACCGUGCGUCCAUCCCGGUGAUCGCCUACUAUGAGACGAAAACGCAGCUCCAUAAGGUAAAUGCAGAGGGGACGCCGGAGGAAGUUUUUCUUCAACUCUGCACAGCUGUUGACUCUAUUUUCUGAGGGCAAAAAGGCAUGUACAUCAAGGAGAGUGGAGGCAGAAAAAAAGGCUCAUCCCUUAACACAAUACGUUUCAAGUUAAACCGUUUGUGUCCCCACCCCCACGCCCCCAAAUCCUGACAUUGCUGUUUGCUUCCGAGCUUGACCUUUCUGAGAGGUGUCUGGAAGUCAUGCAUGGUGUGUGUGGUACUAUCCAACCUUCUCUUCCUAGUUCAGACAGCCGUCCGCCCCCAGCACGCACACUCUUGUGUCCUGUCGGUUGUGCCUCAGAGCUGCCGGCUAGUACGUGACCAGCAGCGGCGUUCAGCUGUGCCCUCAGGACUUGCUAGUCUGACCAUUUGAGUUCUCGGUCAUCCAACAGGUCAGCCCCCCCAAACUCCCCACCACAUUUUUCUUCCUCACCCCAAGAGUUACAUGCUGCUCCCUGAUGAAGGGCCUUACCCUGGAGGGGCACCUGGCACCUCCUCUGGUGGCUGUUUCCUCAAGUCUCAUCCACUAGUAGCUCAGAGCCAGAGACGGAGUUGAUAACGCCAGUUGGUGAUAAGAAAUAGGAUUAAAUUUGAAAAUUUGAUGAAAUAAAACAAUGUGAAACUAUACAGCUUUCCCCAAGAUCAGAAAACCCAGACUAGUCACCAGUAACAUUUCUGUUCAUUUUUAGGAAAUUGGCUACUACUUGGAAUACUGUCAUAUGGCUUAAGAAAACAAACUGAUAAAUUGUCUAACCUAAUCUCUUUUAUACCUGGUGGUGCAUUUCAGCAAUUAUACAUUAAUACCAAUGACCAAACACAACAUAAAGCAUGAGGUAAUUUGUUACUGCAUUCACUGGAAUAAUGUCAGCUUAUGGUUUUCAUUUUAUAUGAUCAUGUAUUUAUUUUUACUGCCAAGCAAGAAAUAAAGUAACAGUAACAAAACUGAUGUGGGUGGGAGAGGCAUGUCAGCACAUGAUAUUUCACAGACCCCAGUGCUGUGUUGGUUUCAUACAGGCCCUUCCCAGGGCUGUGCAAACCUUACCGUAUCCGUAUGUAAAACUGUGUUUUUUCCCUGCUUCAAACCAGUGAAGUCUGGGUUCUCUUUUGUGCUAUCAGUUGCCAAAUCAGAGCUUCUUAUAUAGUCUACUGGAAUAACUGCAUCUGCCAUUCAGUCACUCAGUUUGCAUGCCGUUCUUUUCCCUUCAAUGGUUGUGUUGAUAAGGAUCCAAUUCUGGGACAGAAUUGUAUUUUUAAAGUCAUUUUUUUUUCUCGAAAUGGAUAUGUGUACAAAUAAAAUAAAUGGAACACAGCAUA